CACCAAUUUCUAUACAUGGCCAAGGCUAACCCCAGCAUUAUAUUCAAAAAGGACAACUACAUAACAAUAUAUAAUGUGCUGUCAUAUGAAUCUACACUAACACAUCUCUUGUCCUAGACAAUCUAUCCUUCUCUCUCUUUUUACUCUUGCUAGAGAAUUAGUCACAGUAACACUAGUUAGCUACCAUGGGAGACUCAGAGGCUGCUGUGGCCGUGAAGACCCCGGAAAACAAAGAGAAGCAGAUGUUUAAAAAGUCAACAUGGGGUGAUUUCAAAGCAGAGGCCAAGCAGAUCAGUAUGAUUUUCACACCAAUGUUGAUUGUCACAACUUCACAGUAUCUGUUGAGAUUUGUGUCUACUUUAAUGGUGGGUCAUGUGGGAAAACUCUAUCUUUCCGGUGCUGUGGUCUCCAUGUCUUUCACUAAUGUCUCCGGCUUCAGCUUUCUUUUUGGAAUGGCUAGUGCACUGGAAACUUUAUGUGGUCAAGCAUAUGGGGCGAAGCAGCACAAAAAGCUUUCACACUAUACUUAUGGGGCCAUAAUAUCUCUACUCAUACUUUGCAUACCAGUAGGAAUUUUAUGGAUCUUUAUGGAGAAACUCCUUAUCCUAAUCCAACAAGAUCCGGAUAUUUCACGCGAAGCUGGAAAGUUUUCAAUCCGGUUGAUACCGGCUUUGUUCCCCUAUGCUAUUCUCCAGCCAUUGGUUCGCUACUUGCAGUCUCAGUAUUUGAUUCUUCCUCUGCUUACAAGCUCAGUGGCAACUCUGCUAUUUCAUGUACCGGUUUGUUGGGCAUUUGUGUUUAAGUUCAAUAUGGGAAGUGAUGGAGCAGCAUAUGCUAUUGGUUUAUCGUAUUGGUUUAAUGCUAUCUUUCUCGGCCUUUAUGCCAUGUAUUCGCCCAAAUGUGCUGAUACUCGCGCUCCAUUAUCUUGGGAAAUCUUCGGUACAAUCAAGGACUUCUUCCGGUUUGGGAUCCCAUCUGCUCUCAUGGUUUGUCUUGAAUGGUGGGCAUAUGAGAUAAUUAUAUUGCUGGCUGGAGUAAUGAGAAAUCCCCAACUGGAGACUUCAGUGCUGUCGAUCAGUAUCACGGUGGCUGUGCUACAUUAUUUUGCUCCGUUUUCUCUUGGUGUUGCUGCAAGUGUUCGGGUUUCAAAUGAAUUGGGGGCUGGGAAUCCACAGGCUGUUAGGACAACUGUCUGGGUAGUUAUGGUACUCGGAGUUAUAGAGGUCAGUGUUGCAGCUGUAGUACUUUACUCCCUCCGCCAUGUUCUGGGACGUGCAUUUGUGAGCGAUAAGGAUAUUAUAGACUAUGUGAGGAGGAUGACUCCAUUUAUAUGUCUCACCAUGAUCUUGGACGCUGUCCAAGGAAUACUUUCCGGAGUUGCAAGAGGAACAGGAUGGCAGCGUUUAGGGGCUUAUGUGAAUCUCGGGUCAUAUUAUCUGGUAGGAAUUCCAAUGGCACUACUUUUGGGUUUCCUAGUGCAUAUGAGGGCCAAGGGUCUUUGGAUCGGUCUAGUAGCAGGAUCUCUGGUGCAAAGUAUACUGCUUGCUAUUAUAACAAGCUUUACCAACUGGAAAAAAGAGGUUGAAGACACGAAGGAAAGGGUGCUUGAAAUGAAAGCUUCUGACGAGAAGAAGUGAGAAGAAGUUUUGCAAGUAGCCUUGAGUGCCAGUAGAGGAGAUGACCAGUUAUUGAGUGAUAUUGUAAUGUCUAUAUGUCGUUUUCAUUCCUACAUGUAUAUGUAUAUAGAAACAGGUGGUUCAGAUGCCUAUUUUGAUUGCUAAAAGGAAAUCAAAUGAGGAUAAAUGAUUGUAUGUUCGUUUAAAGACAGACACAAACAGUUAAUUAACAGCUUACUUUUGUUACCUUUUCUUAGUUCAA